AUGAGUUUCGAAAAUUAUGACCCUUGUUUCCCUGACCAGCCAGUGGUUGAUCGGUACCUUCCGGUGUGGGCUAACCUGCCUUCUUUUCAGUCCAAACCGGCAUUUGUUUGGGUUGAGGAUGGUUCAUCUGGUUUGUUGGAAGGCUCGAGCCUCACCUAUGAGGAGCUAAACCAUUCGGUCCAAUUGAUUUCAACGCAACUUCUUAUUUCCCUUCAAAGAGGGGACACUAUCAUCAUCUUAUGCUCACCAGGGCUUCAACUCGUUGAAAUCUUGUUUGGAUGUCAACGAGCUGGCCUUUUGGCUGUUCCCAUUGUCCCUCCUAAACCAACAUUUUCAAACAAUGAUCAUCACCACCUUAUUCGUGUUCUUUCCCAAACAAGGCCUAAAUUUGCUAUUGCGAAUGGGCCAUACGUAAAAUCCGUCCGAAAAUACAUCAAAAACUCUAAACCAGAAAACCCCAUUGCUCAUCUUUUGAAUAAUCUCACAUGGAUAUCUACGGAUAACCUUCGGGUGGAGAAAAAUGUAAGCUCAAAAAAGAACUUACAUUCUUCCUACACCGGUUGCAAACCAGAGGAGGUGUACUUAAUUCAGUACACCUCUGGUGCAACCGGGAUCCCUAAACCAGUUCUAGUAACUGCGGAAUCUGCUGCUCAUAAUGUCAGAACAGCUAGAAAGUCAUACGAUCUUCACCCAAAUAGCAUCAUAACCUCAUGGUUACCGCAAUACCAUGAUUGUGGGCUAAUGUUUCUCUUAUUAACUAUCGUUUCGGGUGCAACUUGUGUCUUGACCUCACCCGAUGCAUUCAUCAAGCGGCCUAGGCUAUGGCUCGAGAUGAUAUCUGAGUUCAAGGCCACUUGUACUCCGGUUCCUUCGUUCACCCUGCCUCUUGUUCUCAAACGGGGCGGAGUGGAUGAAGGAACCCUUCCUAUCAACUUAGCCACAAUGAAAAACUUGAUAAUUAUCAAUGAGCCAAUUUACUAUGAGGCCAUAGAAGAUUUCUUGGAAGGGUUUAAGCCAUUUGGCUUGAACCCUUCUUCCAUUUGUCCGUCCUAUGGAUUGGCGGAGAACUGCACAUUCGUAUCCACAUCAUGGAGACAAGGAUGCAAACACGCAUUCCCUGUGUACAAGAAACUCUUACCUAGUGCGAGGCUUGGCACAAGUGAAACAAAAGCAGACGAAGAAUCAAUUGAGAUUCUAAUUGUUCACGAGGACUCACAUGAGCUAGUCGAAGAUGGGAUCGAAGGUGAGAUAUGGGUUUCGUCUCCAAGCAAUGCCUCGGGCUACUUAGGCCACCCUUCUUUAACUCAACAAGUUUUUCAAAGCAGAGUCAAGAGACCGUUUAGCCACAAGUUCUUCAUUCGAACAGGAGAUCGAGGAGUUGUUAUCGGUACCAAAAGAUUUCUUUUUGUAACAGGCCGAUGUUCGGACAUCAUAAGGGUUAAAAACGGGAUCGAAAUUCAUCCACAUUAUUUGGAAACUUUAGCCUACGACUCUUGUCGUCGGUUUCUAAGAGGUGGGUGCAUCUCAGCCUUUAUGAUUCCAAGAAACACUGUGGCAAUUGUGGCGGAGAUGCAACGAAGUGAUUGGAAAGAUGAGGUUUUCUUGAAAAGAGUAUGUGAAGGAAUAAGAUGUUUGGUGAAGAAGGAUGUGGGGAUUGAUGUAGGAUUGAUUGCUCUUGUUAAGAGUGGGGAAGUCUGGAAAACAACAUCAGGAAAGAUACAGAGAUCUGUCGCAAAAGAUCGGUUCUUAAGUGGUAAAAUGAAUAUAUUGAUGGAAAUGGGGUACGAAGAAAUGGGCUUCAAGAAAUCUUUGGGGAAAGCUAAGAAUAAAGGAAAAAUAAAGGUGGUAGAAUCGAUAUUAUCUUCUCUGUAG